AUGACCUACAAGACUCAUCUCGACUUCACGAAGACCUGCCGGGAGAUGAACGUAGUACCACGAAGUCUUCAGCUUAAACGCUUAGUGCACACGGCGGAGGGCAACAAGAUCAUCGCAAAAGCCGAACAACGCCUGCUAAACGCCCGAAUCCAUGAAUGCCACAGCGUGUUCAAGAAGGAAUUAGACCUGUUUUUCCUCCGACGGCAGCUUCGAUAUCGACUGCCCAACGUCUUUCCGUCUUUGGAGGAAUUUGCUCGAAAUGUGGCGGCAACAACAGCUCGGAAGCAGCAACUCUCCCCUACCGAGCAUAGCGUGCUGGCCAAGAGAUACAACUUCAACGUGACCACGGCGCAUCCGUCACUACCAAGGAUCAUUGCGGCUACGGAGGAAGGCAUAAGACGACUUGACAACGGCAUUCGAGAAAAUGUCCGUCUCAAGGCCAUCGGCGUACUAUCAAAAAUAGGAAAGCGCCGUGAGCACAACAUAUCGAGGAAGGAGAAUAAUGCGAUCCGUUCACUCCGAAAUGAUGAGAACAUUGUCAUCCCCCCGGCCGACAAGGGCAACGCAAUGGUCGUGCUCGAUAGGGAGGCGUACAGCGACCAAGUGCGUGAUCUCCUUCACAGCCCGGCCUAUGAAACGCUGGCGAAAGACCCCACAUCGAGAGUCCAAAGGGAACUGAACAAGCUCCUGGCGGAUAUCUUUAAGAGGUACCUGGAGGCAAGAACCACCAACCUCCAGCUUAUCUGCCGGAGCGGCUCUGCACCAGGAUUUUAUGGGCUUCCCAAGAUCCACAAGCCCACCGUCCCGCUCCGUCCUAUCGUGGAUUUUACAUCUCCACUCCGUGCGCUGUCCAAGUACCUACACCGGACUCUGGCGCCGCUCAGUGUGCCCAUAGCGCUAGCAGUGUCCUGGGCACGAGCGGCUUUGAAGGAAGAUAAACUCUUCGGCGAAAGAAGCUGCCUAAGCAUCGACGAACUGUGUCGUCUGCUGGAGUAUUGCCUCAAGGGGACAUACUUCAGCGUCAAGGGGAUCUUCUACAGACAAGCCAGCGGGACCGCGAUGGGGGCGGUGAUCUUCGUUACAGCUGCUAACCUCACAAUAGAGCACAUAGAAGAAACGGCACUACGCUCCUUUAUUGACAAGCCGAAAGUGUUUGUGAGGUGUUCUGUGGUUAUGUCCGGCAGCCGCCUGGGACCCAGCAGCAGGCGCCGCCGGAGUGGCGGUGGCUAUGGCUAA